CCAGUGCGAGUACAAAGUUGUGAUCAACACCAACCAAAAGGAUAGUGCGACUAAUAUAGUAAAGUUAAAUGUGCGCAGUCAGUGCUGCAUUGUUUGAGUGAACGUUAGUUCUCAAUUUGAAUACAUCAGUGUAGAUGAACACGUGAAAACUGACGGUAGACGAGGUAGCAAAACAAUAAUAAGGCGGCUACAAGGCAAUGUAAACAUUAAAUCGACUUCUGUAGCCUCAUUCGCGUUUGUUGUGGUCUGUUUAUACAUUAUUUGGCGUGGUGGCACUUUUCUACGAACUGUUUAUGUCCAUGAUUCGGGUUUUACAUUGGGUUCUUUUUAUUGUGAAGGACAAGUGAAUGUGAAAUGUCCUCUAGUGGAAGUGCUCAACCCGAAGAGGGUUUCAAUAUCCUCCGUACGGGAUAUAUGAAGAAAAUAAAAACAGGGCGUCGUAAAUGGUUCGUACUUCGAAAAGAAACCCAAGAAGCUCAGGCGCGGCUUGAAUAUUAUGAUUCAGAAAAAAAAUACCAGAGCGGGAUAGCGCCCCGCAAAUCUAUAAUCAUGAAAACAUGUUUCAAUAUCAACCAGCUCAGUGAUCCAAAACAUAAACACGUCAUUGCUCUAUACACCAAAGAUGAAUGUUUGAAAUUGGCUAUCGAUGACAAGCAAGAGGCUGAUGAAUGGUUCAAAGAUUUGCUUUUGAUGCAGCAAGGAGAAGAUCUUCCCGAGGGGCAAGUACCCAGGCCUACUUUUGCACAUGUAUGGGAGGUCCUGUUGGUGAACAGGGGUUUGGGUACACAAGAUCUUAUUGGCACCUACAGGCUCUGCUUGAGGGAAAAAACCCUAACAUUGGUCAAAAAGGAUUUUGACUUCCAAAUUGAAAUCAACCUAUCCAGCAUUCGAAGUUGUGGUAGCCUCCAAAAAUAUGUAUAUUUUGAGGUUGGUAGAAGCUGUCCACUUGGGGCUGGAGAAUUGUGGAUGGAGACUGAAGAUCAGUUCAUUGCACAGAAUGUCCAUUUGACAGUCUACCACACCAUGACUAGUAAUGGAAAGGAAGAACUAGGCCCAAAAAGCAGAUUCAGGUCAUCAUCAGCCACAGAGACAUCAAAGCCAAAUGUAGAUAAGAAAUAUAAUUCCAAAAGUCAUUUAUUCCCGCAAGAUCAACCGCAAAAUGUCGACUCUUGCUCAUGUGGCGUACCAUCUCACAAUAUUCAAAACCCUAUUGUGAGUGGUAUGGUUACCAUUUAUCAACAUUUGAGGGGCGCUACUAAAUCAUCUGAACGACGUCAUUCUAUUUCAGGCGGUGUUGCAUUUUCGGGCAGUAUCAACCAUCAACGCACCCAGUCACUGCCCCUUGCUACUCCCGCCACUGCACUAGAACAUCCCCUUCAGCUGCACUCGAGAGCCAACAAACGCUCGAACCAAUCCAAAUGUUUAUCAUCUGGAGGUCGUGAAAGGUGCGACAGUAUGCCAUCACGCGCCAGAACUACCAGUGAGGGAAAUCACCCGGUACCGAUGUUCCAGAGAUCUCAUCUUGCUCCGCAUAGACCCUGCUCUAUGCACCGUGAUCUGGGAUGUAGUCCCCCAAUUGGUUCUCCCAUCUCUCCACCUUCAGCAGGUGCAUCCACUGAUUCUGCUGGUUCUUCGUACAGUUUGAUUGAUGAGAAUGAAGAUCUGGAUAGCAAUCAUGGAAGAUAUGGACAUUCAUUGACACCUGAUGAAGUUAUUGCUGAGGAAGACUGUGACAGUCUUUGCGCUCACUAUGGAAUUAGUCCACAUACGGGUAACUAUCUACCAAUGGCUCCGCCUAGCUCAGAUGAUGGCUAUGUAGCUAUGUCUCCGAUAGGAGCUCACAGUAACAUCACACCGGCAGCAAGUUUGAGCAGCGUAACAUCUGGCACGCCCUCUACAGACAUGAGAUUCGCAGAAUAUCCUCUAGAUAAAGUUGUAUCAUUUUUCCCACCAUCAUCGGAUGACGAAUCACGACCGAUAAGAGCUUAUUCUGUAGGAUCAAGACCAGAAACUUACAAGUACAAGAAGCAUUUGAUGGAUAUCCAUGGAACUGCAGAGAGUAGGAGAGAUAGAGCUGCAAGUGUUGGCUCCAAGACAAAAAAGGGACCUAUAAGAGUGUUACCCCCACAUGGGCAUUAUCCCCAUGUCCAUCCUAAGUCGUCAAGUGCACCGUUAUUGAGUUCAUCAAGGAUUCCAGGUUCGACAAAUUCGGUUGGGUCAGAAAUGGACGAUUUCUUAGAGAUGGACUUUACAAAUAUCAAGAAGAAAUCAAUGAAAGAUGGUUAUUUGGAAAUGAAACCCAGUCCAAAAUCGUCUACAGUGUCGACACCAGUGACAACACCAUCAGGUUAUGUAGAAAUGAAGCCUGGUGUGACACCUCCCAGCAUUUGUAAUAGCGGACCUUACUUGGAGAUGAAACCUGGUACUUCACCAAAUAGAGCCAAUGAAUAUGCUUUCAUGGAUUUGAACAGAGCAUACGCUAACAGAACUGACCUACCUCGUAAUGAUUACAUGGACAUGAAUGCCAAAAACACUUCCAAAAAACCUUUACUAACAAAUAACAAUUAUGCCUAUGUUAACUAUUCAGACCAUAAUGAUAUAAACCAUCACCAACCAACAAUACGUCGGUCCUAUUCCCAACUCUCUCCAUCUACUGGCAAUUGCUACAGAAAUGUUGGCUCACCCAAUUCCGAUUACCUCGACAUGAAUAGCAAAAAUAGAGUGAGAAGUGAUUCUGACCAAAGCAAUGAAGGUUAUGUCGAAAUGUCAUUGGGUAGAGGUCACCACCGUCAAUCAAGUUUGGAUGGUGCUCAAUUGAAUAGAGAAGAUUAUUCAGGUAUGUCUGCUGGUUCAGUAUUGAAAAAGAAAGAGCUCAAACCAAAUAAAAAAGAAAAUAACCGUUCUUUACCAAUUCAGAUCCUGAACUCAAACCAAAACAAUCCAAUCAAUGGUCGAAUAUACUACGACGGUUCACCAAAAAUGCAACUACAUCUUACUAAUACUACUACAAGUCCCGUUUCUAGUCUUCCAAGAGGCAGGAAAAACAGUACUCGUCGAGAUUCUCGAGAUAGUUCAAGUUCUAGCGUGACGACACCUUCAAAUUCGUCCGCAAUAUUUCCACUGAGUUUGAACAGCCCCAGUUCACCAGUUAAACCUUUGAAGACUCCGGAAAAGUCAACUCCCAGUUUGAUUUUGAACAAUCUGUAUAAAAGGUUUCGUGGAAAGAGUAAUGAGAGUCAAGAUGAUUAUGCUGUCAUGGAUUUCCAGAAAAACACCAAAGUCAAUGCUAAGUCAAAUGAUUAUAUGAAUGUGGAUUUGUCUAAACAUAGUGUGAACGAGAGGCAGAGUAGUCAGAGUGAUUAUGCUGAAAUGCAACCAGGAGUUCAUGCAGCUUCCGAUAUGAAUAAAUCAUUCAAUCUGAUGACGCUCUCGGAAACUUCUACAAGGGUUUUCAAGCCGAUUUCAGAAUCAAAGGAGUGUGGUACAUCACCACCACCAACCUCUAGCUCGUCAACGUUACCAGCCAAUUCACCUACUAGUAGUGUAAAUGAUUCCCCCAAGACUGAAGACGCUGAAGUGAAAAGUGACAAUAAGUGUACAGAUAGUUCAAACGAUUCAAGUGUGUCAAAGCCUGUGUCACGACCUGGAUCGGCUUCUAGCGAUUUGUGUUCUUCCACAUCAACGUUGGUUGGUUCCCGACCUGAUUCUGUAAAUAGUGAUUCAAUACGUCCCUCCUCAGCGCUACAUUAUGCAAAUUUAGACCUACAAACAAUCGACGAUGAUGGCAGUAAGAGCCCUAAGACUGUGAGAAAUAACUCGAAUGAUAGUGGUCAAGAAGUUAGUUUUACAUAUGCCGAAAUAGAUUUCAAUAAAAGCGAAGGACUUAAGAAAGGUGUUAAGCAUUGAUUAGCGAAUUCUUUAGGUUUUUUUAGGAUUUGUAUAGAAGGCGCAUAUCGUAUUUGGAAGUUGUUGUUAGUGAUUGUAGAUUGUUUUCUAAAUAUUAUUGACUUAGAUUGUUAUUAUGGAUUUAUUUAUUGGAAUGGAGUUGGAGAGAUUAUCUAAAUAGACUUAAAAAAAGGCUAGUUCUUGUCCAAGUUUUUUGAACUUAAAAUACGUUGAGAAGUAUUAAUGUUCAAAAAAUGCUCAAAAAUCAGGCUUGGCAUAUUACAUAAAGCCAAUGCUUCAAAGAGUUCCUUCAGAUUUUUAUCAUACAGAAAUAUUAUUUUAUAAAAAUUUUAUCUUUCUUACAAACUACAAGGAUCCAUAUUUUCGUUAUGUGUUGAAGAUUGAAAGAAAGAGAUAUUUUAUUGUUACUCUGAACAAAUGUGGUAAUUUGUUUGGUGAGUAUAACUUGGUCAAUCCUGAUUGAAGAGUUGAAGAACUGGUUAAAGAUUUGACUUACUGAAGCUCAAAUGCAGAUGAAUAUUGAAAAUUCCUUCAAAAUAUUAAGGUUAUUUCAGUAAUCUUGUAUUUUGAGCAGUACCUUGACUAGGCAAAUAUACAGUGUAUAGCACAAUAAUAAUGUAAAUUGAUUACAACAGUGAACUCCAGAAAGGAAAGAAUCCCAAAGAAAGAGAAGCUUUAGACAAGAUUUUUCCACCAUAAAUCCUUCAUACUGCCAUAAUUUUUGAGAAAUUUUAAAUGUUUUAACUCCCUGUAAAAAUGAGAUUAUUGAGUUUUCAGCUAAUACAAUGAUUUAUUUUAUAUUAAAAAUUUUCAAAGUAUGAAAAAAAAUAAUGUUGAAACAUUGUCAAAUGAUUCCUCUUAGGUUAAUUUUUAUAGAAAUGUCAGAUUGCAUGUUAUUCAUCUGUCAUUUGUAUUUGUCCUCGCUGUCAAAAAUUAUAACCUCAACUAUAACUACUAGCUUUAAAAAAUGUGUUUUUGAAACUGCAUUUUGAGUAUUAUAAAUAAUUCCUUUAUAUAUAAAAAGAUAUAUGAUAUAAUUGAGAAAUUGAAAUAUUAGAAAUAAGAUGAAUUGAGAAAUUUAAAUCUUAAAAACCCGAAAUUUUUACAGCAUUUUUUGAUUACUCACUUUGUCAAGCAGUCAGAAAACUAUUUUCUGACAAGCACAAUACACUAGAUUGCUUGUUGUUACUUGUUUUCAUUUCCGUUAGAAUGUUCGGGUUUGAUGAACUUCUCUGUCAUUGAAUGUUGAUUUUAUAUUGAAAUUAGUGGAUUUUACAAUGCAUACAUAUCCAAAUUUGGUAAAAAUUGGUUUGAUGUUCUAAAAAAGUAAAUAAACUGUAGUAGAGAAUUGAAGUAUAAACUAUGAGUGUAAAACUAGGUAAUGAAGAGAACUUCAACUUGAAUGUUUUGAGGAACUAUAUAUUGAUAUUUUGUUGAAAUUGUUUCUAAAUUUUAAUAAUUUCUAAGUGUACUAUUGCACUUUCAAGAGAUUUGAGACUUUUGAGUAUUUAGGAAAUGAUUGCAUUUGAUGUAGGUAAUCCAUCAUUUUAUUAUUCUUUUUGUUAUUAGUCAUUUGUGAAAAACAAACUAUAUAGUUUGCCUGUUGAAAUGAAUUUAAAACAUAUGUAUACGAUGUAUUGUGAAAUUUUUUGCUCCGGUUGGGGGUCAUAUUCUGGACCAAAAAGAAACAAAAAUAGGAAAAUAUACCUGCAAAAAUUAUUUUUCCAUUAUUGGUCAAACUUAAAGUCGGAAAAAUGUAAAUAAAUUUGUAAGCUCUAUUAUUUGGUAAAUUUUAAGCUUAUGAUUGCAGAGGAUGUUCAAAAAUUUCUAAAUAUAAUAAGUUUUUAGGGUUUGGCUAUAAUCGACAGAUGAAUCUUCACAUAUGCUUCUACAGAGAGAAAACAUGAAAUUUUGCGAUUGUAGCAUUGUGUAAAACAACAUUUUAUUUUUGAAAAAGUAGCUUUAACGCUUUGGAAUUCAUUAGUUGUAUUUUUGGACACCCUAUAUACUUAUAUGUAUAUCUCCUGGAGAAACUGUUACUCAUGUUUCAUUUAUAAAAAAAGAAAUAAUAAAAAAAUAUUUAAUCGAAAA